AAUUUUUCCCUGGCGCUGUUUGGUGUUGCUCAGACCCCUUCCGAAGGCCCCUUUCGGUCAGGAAGCGCUAUCUGCUGCGUCUCCUGUCAAGCCAAAGCAAGCAGCCAGCGUGCUCCGGUUGUUGUCCUGCCUUGGGAAGCAGGGGCGUGCAGCUGCUGCUUUGUCUUCCUGCUCUGUGUCGCCCCAAAUCUUCCCUUCCAUCUGAUGUGCUGCUCUCCAGUUCAGUUUAUGUCACUAUUUCGGUGCGGCUCCAUGGCUGCCCUCAGUGUUUACAGCCUGUCCUAACACCACACUGGGCCUGCGCUGUGGGAGCAGCCUGGGGCCGGGCCCAGUUCUGUGCUCGGGGGCCUUCAGGGCUGCUUCGUGUUCCUGCACGACUGCUUGGAGCCGGCUGGGCUUUCUCCAGACUGAGCAGAAAAUGUUGGCGGGGGGAUUUGUUCUCCUCACCCUUACCCAAAAAGCUGGGGCGAAGGGAUGUGUUCUUAAUUUGAUGGUGCUUGGGAGACCCGCUGUGUAACGUGUAGGAAGCGCAUGAAGAGCACGGCUGCUGCUACCCGUUGCAUUGAUGAAUGCCGAAAGUAAUUGUGCUGGGGCAGGAGGGUGUUCCUGCCCUAACGCUGCUGCUCGGGGAGCCUGCUGUUAGAGGAGCCCAGAGGCAAUCUCUGUCCCCAGAGAGCUCCUGCUCAGCCCUGAUGGAUGACCUCCUCUGCCCCCACACCACAUGUACAUUUUGUUCCAUUAAUGAGGGGGAAAUUAAGGAACUUAAUUUGACAAAGAUUUAGUGGCAGGAGAGCAUUGCGUGGCCCUGUGCCUAGGCCAGGCUCUGUUACAGAGCUUUGCUGCAACAGAGCACGGCACCCAAACUGUGCAAGCACAGCACAGGUCAACGGAGAGGGACUGCUGGAGAUGGAAGGUUAAAUAGAAGCAGAGAGAGCUUCCCGUGUGAGCAGGUUCUUUGAAAGGGCAUCUGGAAUAGUGUCUGAGAGAGGGCGAUUUAGCUUACAGGUAGCAUCCAGCUAGAGGAGUGCUCCAGGCAGUAGCUGAAGCAAGCCCCUGGGUAGGUGCCUCGCUCCCCUGGUGGGGCACGAGCAGAUCCCAACAGCGGUUGUGAUGAGCAGCAAACACAAAGGUAACGAGUUCAUUACAGCUCCAGAAAUAGGAAGGGUCAUUGCAGGUGUGAUGAUGAUACAGGCUACAUCAUGCACACAGGGCAGUUUGGGGAGCAGCAGGGUGCCUGGGCAGCACAUUGUUUCUGUGUUCUGCCUUAGUUAAAUAUUUUAAUUCUCAGACUAGUAAGAGGCUGCUGAAUCAGCUCUAGGCUUGGCUGAGUCUUCCCACUGAAAGUGAUGUUCUCUGUACUAACGUCUGUGUACGGAUGUUUAUUUUGGGAUGAAAUGAGUUAAGUAGCUAUAAGAAACACCAACGGAGUGCUUUCUUGUAUCCUGCAAUGCGUGAUGAUGAUUACGUAUUAUGUGAGAUUUCCCAUUGAAGCAAGGAACUCAAAUACCCAAGGCAUACAAGUUUUAUUCCUGGGACAUACCACAGCCUAAGCCACAACAGCAAAGCAAGCUGCUUAGGGAAAAUCGUUCCAUAACUGGCAACUGGCUUCCAGCUCGGUCGGUCCGUCUGGUAACUCGAGCAGCUCUGCCUCUUGUUCCGAAUCCCAGUGUUUUUUUACCAGACUGCUUGUUUGCCUUUGCGGACCCAGGGAGCGGCAUUUUGAAAUGAUUAAAAGGCACUGCCUAUUGUGUUCUUAAGCAACUUGAAAUGUGACUGAUGUGUGUUGCAGCCACGUUCUUCUGGAGUUUUCCCAAAGGGGAAGAAAUAUUUCCUUUUAAAGCCGAGCAGCGCAGAGCCAGCGGAUGGGGCGAGGGACAGUGAAGUCAGGAGGUGCUGGACCGUGUCUUGGCAAUGCUGUGGCCUCUCCUUGCCCAGCUCCAGGAGCAGAAGGGCUUCUACUUUAUGGACAGCAAAGAAAUGUAGCUGUUAGUACCCUCCUGCUCACAUGUGGCUCUCCCAGGUGCCUGUAAGAGUAAGAUUUUACCCCCCAUUAGGGGCUGGUGUGGUCCAGCUGAGAUAGCACCAUGUCCCAGGCCGUGAUGAAACCCCUGGGCUUGGCAUUUAUUUGAGAGCUGAAAGGGGCUCUUGAGAUACUGCACUGGUUGGGAUUCCUGGAAGGGCAUCCAGGGAAUCAGUGGUUUUUGUUGUGCAUGCCAAUGAGGCAGGGUAAAGGUGGAACAGAGAGCUGCUUCUUCCUCCGUCGAGGCUGGUGGUGCUUGGGGAGCGCCAGCGUGUCAUCGUGGUUUGUGCCUGGAGAAGGAAUUAGUCAGGGGUCUGUAAGAAACAAGUCUUCAGCGAAUUCGGUGAUAGCCAGCCGCUAACGGAUAAAUACCGAGCCACCUGAAAGAGUUUCUUGUUGGGUAGGAGCUCGGUACCGCCUGAGUCACCGCGACGCGGCACACCGAGAUGCGGCGGCUGCACCGUAAGUGAGGAAGUAUUUUAAUUUGGCAGCUACUGCCUUUGUCACACAUACAUUACAGCGCUGGCACGCAGGGUUUUAAUUGUAAACCACAAUCAGGCAGCAGUCAAUAUGAUGCUUUUCAUCCCAUCCUGUCCAAGUGAAUGCGGACCUUCCAGAGCGCCCGGCUGGUGUGCUGCGCGUUUCUGAUACAUGCUGCGUCGCGCUCAGAGCAUGCGAGAGGAAACAAACAAACAACACCAGCCUGUAGGAGGGAAGUGAUUAGACGAGCUUCAGCUGUUUUUUUCCCCUCCUGAAUGGCCUUCUUUCAUCAGGAUAUGUUAGGACAAGUGCUUUCUCAAGCCAGGAUAUCAGUGGAAGACACAGUGUUCCGUAAAAGUCAUCCAGUUCCUGGGUAGCAUUAACAGACGCGACUUCUCUGCUCCGCACAGAAUAUACGAUCAACCUUUUCUUUUCUUUUUCAGUUUUUUUUUUUUAAAUGGGUUUAGAAGCGAAAGGAUGUGAGCUUUACGGCUAGUUAUGAAUCUUUUCGAAUUUACUGACUUCUGUCUGACUCUUGGGCCAGCACAAUGCUUCUGCUGUUCAAAGAAAACCAGUCCAAAUUACCUAAGCGAGAGCUUUUUCAUGGUGAAAGGAGCAGCCCUUUUCUUACAGCAAGGAAACAGUUCCCAGGGCCAGCGAAGCCUCCAGCAUCCUCACAAACAUGCAGGUGAUUUGCCCCAGCACCUCCAGGUGAUGAUCAACCUCCUUCGCUGUGAGGAUAGAAUCAAACUGGCUGUCCGUUUGGAAAGUGUGUGGACAGACAGAGUGCGGUACAUGGUGGUUGUAUACAGCAACGGGCGGCAGGACACAGAAGAGAAUAUUUUGCUGGGCGUGGAUUUCUCCAGCAAGGAGAGUAAAAGCUGCACUAUAGGAAUGGUUCUUCGUCUGUGGAGUGAUACUAAAAUCCAUCUUGAUGGUGAUGGUGGCUUCAGCGUGAGCACUGCAGGGAGAAUGCACAUCUUCAAGCCAGUGUCGGUGCAAGCCAUGUGGUCUGCUUUACAGAUCCUCCAUAAAGCCUGCGAAGUUGCAAGAAGGUACAACUACUUCCCAGGUGGGAUGGCCUUGGUCUGGGCCACGUACUACGAAAGCUGCAUCAGCUCCGACCAGAGCUGCAUCAACGAGUGGAAUGCAAUGCAGGACCUGGAGUCCACCCGCCCCGACUCUCCAGCUCUGUUUGUUGACAAGCCAACUGAAAGGGAACGAACAGAACGGCUCAUUAAAGCCAAACUCCGGAGCAUCAUGAUGAGCAAAGACCUGGAAAAUGUGACUUCAAAGGAGAUACGAAAUGAGCUGGAGAAACACAUGAAUUGCAACUUGAAAGAAUUCAAGGAAUUUAUAGACAAUGAAAUGCUGCUUAUCCUGGGUCAGAUGGACAAACCGUCUCUGAUUUUUGAUCAUUUGUAUCUGGGGUCAGAGUGGAACGCCUCUAACCUGGAGGAGCUGCAGGGCUCGGGCAUUGACUACAUUUUGAAUGUGACCAGGGAAAUAGAUAACUUUUUUCCUGGUUUGUUCGCCUAUCACAACAUCCGGGUGUACGACGAGGAGACCACGGACCUCCUGGCUCACUGGAACGAGGCGUAUCACUUCAUCAACAAGGCCAAGAAGAAUCACUCCAAGUGCCUGGUGCACUGCAAAAUGGGCGUGAGCCGGUCGGCAUCUACUGUUAUAGCUUAUGCAAUGAAAGAAUUUGGCUGGUCACUGGAAAAGGCUUACAAUUACGUGAAGCAGAAACGCAGCAUUGCAAGACCAAAUGCAGGCUUCAUGAGACAGCUUUUGGAAUACGAAGGCAUUUUAGAUGCAAGCAAGCAGCGCCACAAUAAGCUGUGGAAGCAGCAGGCAGAGAGCAACCUCCCUCAGAACACAGACGGCAGCACGGGCUCGGGCGACUUCUUACUCGAGAGCUUAGACGUCGACCUCGAAAACCGCCUGGCUGACCUGGACACCCCUUCGCAGUCGGUGUACCUGGACAACCGAGCCGGCCCAGAAGUGCCUGUGGGGUAUAAUUACUGCUUCCGCCGCCUCUCGGACACGCUGCUGGAGAACAAGGUGCCCGGUGAGAGGGAGAGCUUCUUCCACGUGGAGGAGCUGGAGCGGGACGCGCUUGCGGAGCGCGCCACCUCGCUGGUGAGGCAGCCUCCGUCCGUGCCUUCGGAGGGGAGGCCGGAGGUGGCGAAGGGCCUGGAGACAGCGGAGGCGCUGUCGGAGCUGAGCGGUUUCCAGGAGGUGAAGAAGAAACUGGACUUCAGCCCCCGGAAGGCAAGGCUGGUGCUGGGCCCCGGGGAGCCAGGGGAGGAUGGUAUCAGGGAGGAAAACCCAAUGGAGAAGUGGAAGCGUCGUUUGUCCAUGCACAAGGAGGAGAGCAGGCUUAAUAGAGAGAACUUGAAUAACAACAACAGCAAAAGGAGUUGCCCAGAGGAUUUUGAGCACGAUGCCGUGUUUGGGAUCCUCAGUAAAGUCAAACCUCCCUAUCAGUCUUGUGCUGACUGCAUGUACCCCUCGGCCAGUUUGUCUCCCGACUCCUUUGGGGAGCAGUGCGAGAAGCUGAACCCCGGCUCUGCGCGUCACAGCUCCACCAUCUGCACGCAGCCAGCCCUCCUCUCCCACAUCCCCUCCGGCUUGGCAGACCACCUGCCCAGCAAGGCACGCGCAGAGGAGGUAAUCAGAACUAAAAAUAACGAGGCUCCGCUUCCUCUGUCAGCGGGAACUGGCACUUUGGAAGCUGGUACUUGUAAAUCAGUGGCUGAUCAGCAGUGCAGCGUUUCAGAGAAAGGAAAGGAUGCACCAAAAACCCCGGUCAAAACCCUGCAGCCCAGGAGAAACUCACACUGUGACAAGAGCCUCCUUAGUGCAGAACUGGUGAAAGAAGAGUCUCUAGCCAGAAAAGACAGCAAACCCACCAAGGAUCUGAAGUACAUGCUGUUCAGUAAAGACUUGGAAAAGCCGACUGCAAACAGUUACUUAAUGCAGCAUCAGGAGUCUCUCAUUCAGCUGCAGAAAGCGGGCUUGGUCAGGAAACAUACCAAAGAACUAGAGCGGUUGAAAAGCCUGCCCUCGGAUGCCUCGUCCCUGCUCAGAGAGGGCUCCCUGAGCAGGGCUGAGCCCAGCAUCGUGGAGGAAAGCGAAGACCUGAUUUCACAUCACGGCCUCGUCCCUCUUCUGAGACCAACACCGUUGAUACCUGAAGAUGCCGAAAACGAAGUGAAGUUAGAGGUCAAGCGCUUGCUGGAGGGGAUCUCUCAGAAAACCUCCACGCCGGUCGUGUGCAGGUUGGAGCACACGAGCAGCUUCACCAAGGACUUCCUGAAGACCAUCUGCUACACCCCCUCGUCCUCCCGGAGCUCCAACCUGACGCGCAGCUCCAGCAGCGACAGCAUCCACAGCGUGCGGGGCAAGCCCGGCCUGGUGAAGCAGCGAACUCAGGAGAUCGAGACCCGGCUGCGGCUGGCUGGUUUGACUGUUUCGUCUCCUCUGAAAAGGUCCAAUUCCCUCGCCAAGCUGGGGUGUCUUAACUUGUCCUCCGAGGACUUGUCCAGCGACAUGGACGUGUCAACCAUAACGGACUCGAAAGAGGCCGUUUCCAGCGAGUCUUCCGUGCUCUGUGAGCCACAGCCCACUCCGAGGAGUGCGGAUGCCAGCUCCAAGCUGGCAGCGAAGCCAGCUGUCGGAAACUUGAAGAAUACGCUUUGGAUGGGCAAAAGUUGAUGCCUUCUGUGGGGGGAGUAAGAGGGAGGCUGGAUUUCUGGUUUCUGUUGGUUUUUUUUUUAAGGCGUUUAUUCAUUGCACCGAUGCAGUUUUAUCAUCUGACUUGCAGUAGUUCAUCUGAUGCCGCCUCUUCUUCCCCUCCGUGUACUCUUCCGUGGGGAGAAAAAGAAACGUGAUGGGUCAUGAUGAAUGGCACAAGGGAAAAUAAAAUGUAUUGCAUGGCUUA